ACCUUUUCAUUAUUUACCUUUGGCCAAAAUAAAUACUUUUAAUUCUGUGCGGAAAGAAAUGGCUAAAUUAUUGCAACGCGUAGAAAUUACGUUACGCAGCUUUUACAUUUUUAACUCGACUUUUGGCCAAGUUGAAGGCGAGGAACACAAGAAGGUUUUGUUUUACCAUCCAAAUGACAUUGAAUUAAAUACGAAAAUCAAAGAUGUGGGACUAAGUGAGGCCAUCAUAAGGUUCACUGGAACUUUUACAUCUGAAGAUGAUUGCCAGGCCUUGCAUACCCAGAAAACCACACAACUCUUCUACCAACCCGAGCCAGGGUAUUGGUUAGUACUGGUCCUGAAUGUUCCCAAGGAGGUGCGCUUAAAGGAGGGCGUGGAGGUGGCCGAUUAUCGGGGUGCCGAGAUCUCCGACAGGAUUUAUAGAGCAAUACUUAGACAAUGCUAUCAAAUGUUUCGCUUUCAAAACGGAUGUUUCUCCUCCUGCGGAAGUGAAGAACCUAAUCCGGAUAAGCGUAGGGAACUGCUCUGCCAGAAGCUACUCCAGUUCUAUGAUCAGCAUCUGACCAACCUGAGGGAUCCCGCGCAAUGUGAUAUCAUCGAUAUGCUGCAUUCCAUUCAGUAUCUGCCAUUGGAUAAAACGCUCUUCUUGCGGGCCCAAAACUUUGGCACCCUGUGCGAGACCUUCCCCGACAUCAAGGAGAGCAUAAUGCUCUACCAGGAGCAGGUCCUUUGUGGCGGAAAACUUAGCCCGGAGGAUCUGCACUGCGUGCACUCGUAUGUCGUGCAACACGUGCUGAAAGUCGAGGCCAGCAGUUCCACCAUUGCAGUUUCUCCUUCACUAAAGCGAAGCAUAAGUGAAUGCCAGGUGGGCGGAUUCGUAAGAAGUCGUCAGAAGGUCGCAGGAGAUGAACAUGACGCUGUGAAUGAGGAAGAUCAUCCAAUGAAGGUCUAUGUGACACUGGACAAGGAGGCCAAACCCUACUACUUGCUCAUCUACCGCGCUUUGCACAUAACUCUGUGUCUGUUUCUGAAUGCUGACCAGGUUGCGCCGAAACAAGAUCUCUACGACGAUCUCCAUGCCUACAUGGCUCCCCAACUGACUUCGUUGGCCCGGGACAUAUCCAGCGAGUUGACAAAGGAGGCGGUGGGUGCUGCAGGCCAGGACAACUCCAGCGGGAACAGCGAAACGGCGCCGAAGUACUUGUUCAUUAACGAACAAAGCCUGCAGCACCACACGAACUUUCAGAGGCACCUGCCCCAAGGGCUGCCCCGCAAUGUGCUUAGUAUCAUUGCGGACUUGGCCAAUGGCAGUGGCAAGGCGGAAAUGGAGAGUGCUCCUGCCGAGGAAGUUCAGGUCAAGACCACCAAUGACUAUUGGAUUGUGAAGCGGCGCUGUAACUACAGGCAGUACUAUGUGAUCCUGUGCAAUAGCAAGGCCACCUUGCUGGACGUCACCCAGGAAGCGAGGCGCAUUUUCGAGCAAGAGCUCACAGAUGAUGUAUUUUUUGACAAAUAAAGAGGAGGAUUAGGU